UUCCUCUCCCUGUAGUCUUUGCCCAACAGUGGCUGUAUAUAAGGCUGCGUGUUGUCUUCGACUUCAUUCUGACACCAACAUGUCUCUCCUUCAACAAAUCAUCAUUGCUUCCCUGGCAGCCUUCAUGGCUGCUGCUUGCCCCCCAAAUUUCUUCGAAUCUGAGGGCCUCUGCUUCAACGUUAUUGACAAGCCCGGGGAGGACAUGACGUGGGAGGAGUGCAGGGGUCUGUGUGAGAAGGAGGCGGAGGGGGAGUGGAAGGCCGACCUGGCUGUCUUUGACAAUGCUGAAGAAUUGGAAGAAUUCUCCAUCACCUGGCUCGAGAUCUCGAAUGAGUACUCCGACCAUCCCUACAUGUGGAUCGGCGUGCACAAGAUGGAUGGCCAUUGGGUCACCCUGGACGGCACUCACAUCACCGAGCAGAACCUGAUGUGGCACGUGGGUUACCCUCACGAGUCGGGCGCCCACGCCUUCCUGGAGGAUGUCACCGAGACCACCGGCAUCAACUCCUAUGGACGUCUGUACAUGAGCUCCACCAUAGUGGGCGAGCACGAGCACAACAGCCGCUGUCUCUGUGAGGCUAACUUGCCAAAACCACGCAAGCAAUAAACCGACAAGGCUCCUCCCACGGCUUCAACUCUUUCUCUUCAUUCUUCUCCUACUCUUACUUCUCCUUGUAAUGCCAAGCAUUGUAUUCGGCCUACUUAAUUUUUCCUAGCAUGAAACAAUAAAAAAAUCAAAUAAU